AUGUUGGACUUCAGCCUCUCUGCACAUCUGACUCGUUUUCAGACGGCCGACAAGCGAGCAUUUCCACCUGUCGAUGAUGCGACACGGAAGCUAAACUCGAUUACGGAUCGGCUAACUAUUGCUCCAGAGGAAAUCGAAUCUGACCCUGAUUUACUUGAAACGUUAAUAGACCUAACACAAGGCUUUUCACACCUUUUACCGAAGCUUCAGCUGCAACUCAGUUACUUGGUGAGCUCCAGUCUCAAGAAUUUGGCUCAGGGCAUCAGCACCAGUCUUCUAUCCGAUGCCAGCAACGCUGAGGUCAUAGCUCUUCUACCCACCUGGAAGUCUCAUAUGGAACUUUAUGGCUACCUGCAGCAUGUGAUAAUGACGUUUCUUCAGGACGAUGUUGCAUCUGCGUCGUUAGCUAACACAAUCAAAUCUGGGAACAGACGGCAGGGUGCAGCAUCGUCCACAGAACUAUUCAAACGAAGCUGCAGCCAGAUAGAAGGGUUCCUCGAUGCGAUGACUAAAGUAUUGGGCUUGAACCUAUCUAAGGUCUUCCAGACAACCCCUGAAAGAGAUCUCUUCAUUGGUCUAUUCACGAGACCUUUAUUUGUCCUAGUCGAAACAGAACAAGUGGUCAAGGUUCAGUCCUUAAAACUCUUCAUAAUAAACGUCAUAGCCACCUGUGUCAAAAAACAUGGUCAGUAUUCUAGUGUACAGAAUGCAAUUCUUUCCAAUUUGACCUAUUUCCCCCAUUUAACUGCUUUUAACGCCGAGCUCUUACAAGUUAUUAGCACUGAGUUUGAGUAUCCACAACUUACGGAGGAUCUUCUAAAAGAUAUAAGCAACAAGGAAUUCAACAGCAAAGAUACUACAGGCCCAAAAGCGAUAUCUAGCUUUCUGGUUUCACUUUCUGAACUAGUCCCUAAAGUUGUUCUUCGACAGAUGACUUUACUUGUCAAACUCCUAAACAAUAGUUCUUUCACGUUACGGUGCGCAGUGGUGGAAGUAUGUGGGAAUAUUAUUGUUGCAAUUGCCAAAAAUAGGCAAGAUAUUGAACAUCAUGGAAACCAGAUAGAAGUACUACUGGAAUUGUUGGAGGAAAGGUUCCUAGACUCGAACCCCUACGUCAGGAGCAAAGCCAUACAGGGAUGUUUAAAGGUCUGUGAGCUAGAGUCAAAAUUCAACAAACACCGGACACACUGGGUUAAAUUAGCUGUGCAGUCACUGCAGGAUAGAUCCUCACUUGUGCGGAGGAAUGUAGUGAAGCUGCUAUCAAAACUUAUCCUCACGCAUCCGUUCACACAGUUACAUGGCACCCAGCUCCGACUCUCUGAUUGGGAAAAUAGGCACAGUAUUGCUCUCAAAGAACUCAAUAAGCUUUUAAAGGAAGAAGAUGAUAAGCAACAAGAAUCACUAGACGAUAUUGUGGAGCGCAGUUUAAUACUCAACGACCAGGAAGAUGAAGAACGUCCAGUAGACGGUUCGGAACUUUCAAAAUUGGAAAGAGAAUGCGAAAAGGUCAAUUCCGUGCACACAGAGGCAAUAUACAAGAUGAAAUUAACCGUACUAUACUACCACAAUGCAAUCGGUUUUAUCCAUUCCAUCCAUGAGGGCAUUAAACUUGCCUGCAACCUGUUGUUUUCGAAGAAUAGAAAUGAGGUGUUAGAAACAAUGGAUUUCUUUGUGCUUACUGACGCUUACGGAAUUGAACUCAGUUCCAUGGGAAUUAAAAGAAUGCUACAUCUUGUUUGGAUGAAGGGUUCUAAUGAUGAAGGAACUAGUAUUGCAUCACAUCUAAUGGAAUGUUACAGACAAUUAUUUCUUACCGCCCCUGAUAAUGCCAAUUACAAAGAAAAAUCUGCAUAUGUCGCGAAAAAUCUCAUAAAUUUGACUAAAGAUGCAUCUGUUGCUGAUCUAGCGUCACUAGAAAAGUUGGUGGGUAUGAUGUAUGACGGCAAACUUAUAGAUCAGCAUGUUGUUAAUGUUUUAUGGGCAAUUUACAACAGUGUAUCGAAGGGCGAGAGCUCUACUUUCACAACUGACCACAUACAUGGGUCCAUUAUUGUUUUAGGGAUGCUGGCGUUAGCUGAUUGUCAGAUUGCGCUAAAAGGGCUCGAUCAGCUUCUAAAUUCCGGUCUAGGCGAUUCAGGCCAAAAAGACCUUAUUCUGGCCAGGUUUUCGUGCAUAGCACUACAACGAAUGGUUCAUAGAGACGCAAAAUUCUCAUCUGAUGCUGAGGUUCCUCGACAAGCUGAUGCAGUGGACAAACUCCAUGCCAAGAUUAUUGAGUAUACUGAAGAUCCCAACUACUACGCGAUGUGUGAACAAGCUAUCAACGCUCUUUUUAGGAUCUCCCAUAACCCAGAUGUCGUUUGUUCUGCCAUAAUCAAGGAGAAGAUUAUGAUGACAUUUGGCGAACGUGAUGAACUGCCCUCUGCUAAGUCAUCAUCAUACCGAAUAAUUUCUCUAGCUCACUUGCUAUUCAUUGUUGGCCAGGUUGCCAUUAAACUAGUCGUAUACCUGGAAAACUGCGAAGCCGAGUUUAAGAAGAGAAAGAUAGAAAAUGAAAUGGCUAAAAAGGAGGGAAAAACUGCCGAGGCUAACGCUAAUAAUGCCGAAGCCGACGUCUCCAUGCAACAUGAGGAUGAAAACCACAAGGAGCUUGAGAUGAUUGGGGGGACAAACGAAGAUGACUUUAGCGAUGCAGUAAACUUUAUCAAGGAAAACGAGUUAUUGUUUGGCGAUAACUCUCUUCUUGCUCGUUUUGGCCCAUUAGUGGAAGAGAUUGUAUCUAAUACAGGAAGAUUUAAGAACCAGAUGUUACAGCGUAGCGCGGUGUUAUGUUUAGAAAAGUUGAUGUGCGUGUCUUCCAAGUACUGUGAACGUAACCUACCCCUGCUGAUCACAAUGAUGGAGAAGUCCGAGGAUCCAAUAAUUAGAUCUAAUGCUGUGUUAGGUUUAGGCGAUAUGGCGGUGUGUUUCAACAACCUUGUUGACGAGAACACCGACUAUCUCUAUCAUCGCCUCCAUGACGAAAGCAUAAUGGUCCAGCGAACCUGUCUAAUGACUGUGACGUUCCUGAUUUUAGCCGGGCAAGUGAAAGUUAAGGGUCAGUUGGGACAAAUGGCGAAAUGUCUCGAGAAUGCUGACCAGGGGAUCAGUGAUAUGUGCAAACUGUUCUUUUCAGAACUUGCAACUAAAGACAAUGCUAUUUACAAUGGGUUCAUAGAUAUAUUCAGUGGGCUAUCGAGCGAUAAUGAACUAAACAAGGAUUCCUUCAGGCGCAUAAUCAAGUUUCUACUUUCGUUCAUCGACAAAGAGCGUCACCAAAAACAGCUGUGCGAAAAGCUACUAACAAGAAUAUCCAAAGCAGAGACACAAAAGCAGUGGGAUGAUGUUGCGUUUGUCCUAAGCAAUUUGCCAAACAAAAGCGAAAAGGCCGCUGCAGUGCUGGAGGCUGGAUUCAAGUUGGUCAGCGCUAGGGAGUGA